GGCAUGAUUUAAAUAGCAAAAAUUACUUUUUAUAAUAGAUAUUAAAUCAAAGAUAAGCACAGAUUAAUAUUAUGGAUGAUUCAGUUCCUUCCAACAUCACUACAACCCAGAGCGAAUCUGCCAGAAAUGUUGUGUACUCCUCUGGCGCUCCCAGUGAGAGUGUCACCUGUAUUCUCCUCUCUAAUAACACUGACGGACAGGUCGUCCAUCAACUCAUCCAACUACCGACUGAGUCUGUGCUGGUGGUGGGGAGUGAACAAAAUCAGGACCAAGUCACAUACCACAUACCUCACAAUGAGCAGCCCGGCGACUCCCCCGAGGAGCUGCUGCCAAUAGAAGGAGCCCAGAGGACACACUACGAGGAACACCUCCCUCCUCCAGAGAAUACAGAUCACAACCCCGUCUACUACUCCCAGACAUUCUGCAGAGACUGCAACAAGAUAUUCUCCAGCCCGACUAAACUGCGGGAUCACAACCUGGUUAAACACAAGGGACUGUACACGUGCGGGGUCUGUCUGAGAGGGUUUAAAACCACCUACUGUCUCAAAAAUCACACUGCUACUCACAACGAGAAACAGUUUAUUUGCUGCUAUUGUGAUAAAUCCUUCGCCAGAGGCACUUCUCUCCGAGAUCACAUCAAAAAGAUCCACAAAAAGGAGGAGAAAUGCUUGAGUUGUGGUAGGCUGAAAGAACCUGAUCAUAUCUGCUACAAAUGCAAGGAAUGUGUGGCUUCCUUCAAGACAGUGGCAAGUUUUGAAAGCCACAGUUGUGGCAAGACCCGGAUAUUCGUGUGUCCGUACUGCGGAGAGAGUUUUACAAGGAACCAGGGGUUACUGAACCACAUGCUGAAUCAGGAGAAUAAACGCAAGUUCAAAUGUGUCGUCUGCAAUGAUCGCUUCAAUACUCAAGCCCAGUUACGGAGACACGAGAGGGUCCACACGCCGGACGAGUGGUUCAAGUGUAGGAUAUGUGGUAAAAAGUACGCCACAGCAAGCGGCUUUAGGUCCCACAACAUUAAGAAACACAAGGGACACAACCCUAACGAUGUGAAACCUCGAGCAAGGACGAACCAGAGGAAACUUCGAAAAGGCCGGCCUCACCGGAAAUAUCGAGAUGAUGCAGUUCAAACAAAUCAACCACCAUGUAACUCCAGAUCUUCUCAGACGAGUGUACCUCCCUCACCCUCUUCCAAACCUGGAACUAGCCCACACUAUCCAAAAUUAAGUUCAAAUAAUCAAGAGUUCCCAACUUCUGCAUCAAGACUCAGGGACGGACAAUUUCAAACGUCUCCAAUCAGAGACUCUUCCUCCACCGCCUCCUCUCCUGAAAGAGACACAGACUUUCCUUCGUCUCCAGUCGGAGACAGAACUUUUGUUGAGACGGCUGUUUCGCCGUCAGAGACCUUGUCUUCUCCGUUAGGCGAGACAACUUAUCAGGUCCCUGCCUUGAUGAACUGUUCGGAUGACGUUAUCAUAACCACUGAUUCCCGGUUUGAUUAAAACCAUCUGUUUGUUAAAACUAUUAUUAUUUGCACAAAUCGACCAAUGACUAGGUCAGAUUUUAAGUGAAUUUAUCCAUUUUGAUAGAAUCCGUAAUAUUUAAACUCAAAAGUUUUGGUUUGUUAUGACAUUUUACUUCUCCGAAUGCCUUUCUACUUCCUAUUUCAUAUGCUCCCUUCUAACAGUUUUGUCUUUUUGGUAAUCACUACUGCUGUAUACACAAUGUAAAUAAUGAUAUUAUGUGAGCAGUUCUAUUCA